GUAACUCGUUAGGGCGCGCCUAAAGAGCGCGGGGUACUUCCACUUUCAAGAAGCGUUCUCUAGGGUUUCGUUUCGCAUCUCCUGGAAGUCUAACAGGCAAGGCCCUCUCGCCUCCUAACCAAUUUUAUAGCCAUGGCGAGCACCAAAGUGCAGAGGAUUAUGACCCAGCCCAUUAACUUGAUAUUCAGGUUUCUUCAAAGUAAAGCUCGCAUUCAGAUUUGGCUGUUUGAGCAAAAGGACCUUAGGAUCGAGGGCCGAAUUAUUGGAUUUGAUGAGUACAUGAAUUUAGUUCUCGAUGAUGCCGAGGAAGUAAAUAUUAAGAAAAAGAGUAAAAAAACACUCGGGAGGAUUCUUCUCAAAGGAGACAACAUUACGUUAAUGAUGAACACGGGAAAAUGAUGUUCGUCCUGCAGAACACAUUAUUGAGAUAGAUUUUCACUUCCAUUGUAUGGCACUAUAGCUUUUACAAUUUAGCUUCUGUUCGGAGUUGUAUCUUUCUACAUUUCAAGCCAUCAGUGACUAACUAGUUAUUUGGAUGUAUAACGUUAUAUUGCUAUUGGUAGGUAAUGUCGUUUUAUGUGAACUCCUUUUAAAUUAUUGGCCUUAGAAUUGGUUGUUUGCACCAACCGAAUCCUUGAAACUACGGACUUUAAGUUCCUCAAAUUGUAAACUGUUAAUGGAGCAUCGUUUGAGAGUGUCCUGUUUAUUUCAAGAGGAUGUUGGUUACCCUGGAUUUGUUUCA